GCUGAGAUCUAUGAUCAACGUCCGACGACAGUCCGUCCAGAUUGGUGUGUUGAGUUGUGCGACGACGGGAACAUUUAUUCAAAAUGACAGAAGGCACAGAAUUGGUUGAAAUCAACCUUAACCCACCAACAACACCCGAAGAAAGAAGCAACAAUAUAAUUGGCAAUAUACGUUUGGCGCGAGGUGCAAAUUUGCCAUUUAUUGACAAUGCCGUUGAUGAUGUUGUCGAAGCCAAAAAUGCUAAUCAGCUGCAAUGGGCACCAAAAUCUACAUCCGAAGAUGGCAAACCUCAUCUGAAAUACUUUGCUGUAGGUCCAAGUUCCUAUCAAAUAAAAUGUCCACUUUGUGGUGCUCGAGCUGAUACCGAAACAGUUCAAAUGUCAGGGGUAUUUGGCCAGCUAAACUCGAUGUUGGCAGUUUUGUCGUGUUGUUUUCCAAUAUUUUCCCUAUCGUUCCUGUACUGUUGUUUAUCGAAUCAAUACAGAAGCAAGCGUUUAUUUUGCAAUAAGUGCGGUGGUCAUUUAAGCUUUUACGAUCGACCGGUGUGAAAUUUGCUUUAUUUUGAGUGUUUUUGUUAUUUUUAAUUUAUUG